UUUUUAGAUAUUAGGCUUCAGCUGAACGAACAAUUACGAUGUUUAGAUUUACGAAUGGAAGCUCAGGUAGCCCUAGUAACAGAACUUCAAGACUUUUUUCGCCGUCGAGGAGAACUAGAAUUAGAUUACUCAAAAAAUUUAGAUAAGCUCGCCAAAAGUCUUCAAUUGCGGCAUAAAGAACAAAAACAAAAAAGGGAACAGUGGCCACUGUUUUCGAGUUACGCUUGCUGGCAGCAAUUGGUGACCCAGACGAAAAAUCUGAGUAGAGAUCAUGCGGUACUAUCAGAAGUUUAUUCUACCCAUUUGGUUAACCGCUUAACUCAAGUAAUGGAAGAUGUACAAAGAAUAUAUAAAAGGUGCCGUGAAAUAGGAUAUGAAACUCACGAAGAAAUAUUGCGAGUGUUACACGAACUCCAUACUACAAUGAAGACGUAUCACAGUUAUCAAGCAGAAUUACGACAAGCAGAAGUUAAAUUAAGGGCAGCAGAAGCCCAAAGAGGAAAAUUGGAGCAAACUUUAUCACAAGAUAAAUUAGAUAGAUCAAAAAAGUAUAAAUUAAUAGAGAAAGAAGUGGUUAAGCGGAAAAAUAAAUAUACCGAUGCAAAGUUAAAAGCCUUAAAGGCGAGAAACGAAUAUAUUUUAUGUCUAGAAGCAUCGAAUACAACAAUUCACAAAUAUUUUGUGGAUGACUUGUCCGAUCUUAUCGAUUGCAUGGACUUCGGAUUCCACAACUGUGUAUCUAGAGCUUUACUAAUGCACGUUUCGGCGGAAGAAGGUAGGCAGAAAUCUGUGCAAAGUGGAUUAGAUGCCCUCUCAGCUUGCAUUAAUUCACUCGACUCCAGACUUGAUAAACAAAGGUUUCUUGAGUUUAACCAUACGGCUUUUAUGAUUCCUAAGAAAUUAGAGUUUCAAGGACAAAAGACUGAUGAUCAAUCCCCUGAACCUGAAAUACAAAAAGUGUUGCACCAAGAAAUGGAAUCGCGCCUUAAUCAGCUUCAACAGCGACUUACAACGUUACGCACUGAAUCCGAAGAAGUUUGGAAAACAUUAGAAACAGCCGAAUCGACACUAUUAGAAAUGUUAAAUGCAAAAGAUUAUGAUUGUAGCGGAUUUUUUAAAGAAAAUCCUAUCCCUCCAACCAAACCAUUGGAAACAGUUUCAAUUAAACAGCGAGCUGAUAGACAAGAAACGGAAGAAUUUUACUUAACCAAAUUCCGAGAAUAUAUAUUGGGCUCAACUCGAAUUGCUAGAUUGGAUGCAAAACAAGAAUAUAUAAGACAAUCCUUACUAGCAGACAGCCCAGAAGCGAAAAGUCCCCCUGUAAAACACGUUAAAACCCCUCGACGAAAGCGCAUAGGACGAUUACAGAUAAGUGGGCAACCUAAGUUAUUUGGUGGCUCCCUUGAGGAAUAUUUAGAAGCAACAAACCAGGAAAUACCCCUUAUAAUGAAAUCUUGCAUAAGAGUCAUUAACCUUUAUGGAUUGCAUCAUCAAGGGAUAUUCCGUGUCUCCGGUUCUCAAAUUGAAAUAAACAAUUUUCGAGAGUGGUUUGAAAGAGGUGAAGACCCCUUGUCUGAUGUUACAGACGCGUCUGAUAUAAACAGUGUAGCAGGUGUACUAAAAUUAUAUCUUAGGGAAUUACGCGAGCCGUUAUUUCCUAUUAUAUAUUUUGAGCAAUUUAUGGAAUUGGCCCAACUGGAAUCAAAACGCGAGUUUAUAUUUAAAAUGAGAGAAUUGGUGCAAAGUUUGCCUAGACCUGUAAUGAUUGUAAUGCGAUAUUUAUUCGCAUUUUUAAAUCAUUUAUCAGAAUUUUCGGACGAAAAUAUGAUGGAUCCCUAUAAUUUGGCUAUAUGUUUUGGUCCUACGUUAGUACCAGUGCCUGACGAUAAAGAUCAAGUGCAGUAUCAGAACCAAGUCAACGAAUUAAUCAAAAAUAUUAUUAUGUAUAACGAUGAAAUUUUCCCUAAUGAUGGCGGAAUCUUCUACGAAAAAUAUAUUUCAACAGAACUUGAUGAUCAUGAUGUUGGUGAUUCACCAUCAGAUCAUGGACCAGACGAUUUGGAAUCUGAAGUGUAUCCCUCAGAAGAUGAUUCUGAAAAUAUGGAGGCCACAGUACAAUUUGAUUUUACUGCAAGGUCAGACAGGGAGGUAUCUUUGAAAAAAGGAGACUCAGUAGUUUUGUUCACGCAAGUGUCGAAUGACUGGUGGCGAGGAACAGUAAAUGGUCAAGAAGGAUUGAUCCCAGACAAAUACAUAUCCCUUAAAAUGAAAGAUGAAGAUAAGGAAAAGGUUGAUAAUUUAAAAUCUAGUUCUUCGGAAGAAUCGAUGAGAAGAAGGGCAUCGAGUUCUAAUGUUUCUGUUUUUUCGGAGAACCUCUUACAAACAAAUGCUAAUUCUCCUUCAGCUCAGUACACUCAGGUGUCGUGGAUAAAUGAACUAACACCAGAAGCAACAGUAUCAGUAGAGAGUCGGCCGCAGCAGCUUUUGAUGAACCAGUCUCGAGAGGUAUUAGAAACCACUUGUAUCAUCCAACAGAGGAAUGGUUGGAUUCAUCCAUACACUCCUGAAAUAAAGGAUGUUUUCCCAGGAUUGCAUCAUCAAGGGAUAUUCCGUGUCUCCGGUUCUCAAAUUGAAAUAAACAAUUUUCGAGAGUGGUUUGAAAGAGGUGAAGACCCCUUGUCUGAUGUUACAGACGCGUCUGAUAUAAACAGUGUAGCAGGUGUACUAAAAUUAUAUCUUAGGGAAUUACGCGAGCCGUUAUUUCCUAUUAUAUAUUUUGAGCAAUUUAUGGAAUUGGCCCAACUGGAAUCAAAACGCGAGUUUAUAUUUAAAAUGAGAGAAUUGGUGCAAAGUUUGCCUAGACCUGUAAUGAUUGUAAUGCGAUAUUUAUUCGCAUUUUUAAAUCAUUUAUCAGAAUUUUCGGACGAAAAUAUGAUGGAUCCCUAUAAUUUGGCUAUAUGUUUUGGUCCUACGUUAGUACCAGUGCCUGACGAUAAAGAUCAAGUGCAGUAUCAGAACCAAGUCAACGAAUUAAUCAAAAAUAUUAUUAUGUAUAACGAUGAAAUUUUCCCUAAUGAUGGCGGAAUCUUCUACGAAAAAUAUAUUUCAACAGAACUUGAUGAUCAUGAUGUUGGUGAUUCACCAUCAGAUCAUGGACCAGACGAUUUGGAAUCUGAAGUGUAUCCCUCAGAAGAUGAUUCUGAAAAUAUGGAGGCCACAGUACAAUUUGAUUUUACUGCAAGGUCAGACAGGGAGGUAUCUUUGAAAAAAGGAGACUCAGUAGUUUUGUUCACGCAAGUGUCGAAUGACUGGUGGCGAGGAACAGUAAAUGGUCAAGAAGGAUUGAUCCCAGACAAAUACAUAUCCCUUAAAAUGAAAGAUGAAGAUAAGGAAAAGGUUGAUAAUUUAAAAUCUAGUUCUUCGGAAGAAUCGAUGAGAAGAAGGGCAUCGAGUUCUAAUGUUUCUGUUUUUUCGGAGAACCUCUUACAAACAAAUGCUAAUUCUCCUUCAGCUCAGUACACUCAGGUGUCGUGGAUAAAUGAACUAACACCAGAAGCAACAGUAUCAGUAGAGAGUCGGCCGCAGCAGCUUUUGAUGAACCAGUCUCGAGAGACUAUGAAGGACGAGCACAGUGUCAUUAAAUUGGUGGAAAGUUUCUGUGAUACUAACCCUCUGUCUUUUAAAACUAAAAAUACCAAUGAUUCAUCAACCGUCAUCUCACCACCUUUACAAGAAAUUUCUGUGGAUAAAUGCUCCGACGUUUCUUCCUUGGUAAAUGAUGAAAAAAUUCAUGAUUCAUUAAAUGAUGAAAACGCAAUUGUAUCACUUGUUGAUCGACAGGUUGAAUCAGAAAUUGAUGAAAAUGUUGUCGAUUUCACGCAAAAUAUAGAACAGUGGCAAAGGCGAAUAAAUUCUUAUCCAGAAUCAAAUUUAGCACAUUUAACAAAACAUAACAGAACUGCUGAAAGCUGGUUACACUGGCAAAAUCACACACCAGACUUAGUAAUGGACUUGCCAUUGGUGACAAAUACAAAACCAAAGGAGCUACUAAAAGAGUCAGUAGCCACUGUAACAAGCUCAACAUCGGACGAGUGCUCUUCUGAAGAAUGUCGAUCUGUGGAGUCCGCUGAAAGUCCCCACGCUUUAGACAGCCCAGAUAUGCAAACUGCUGCUGAAAGGUUCGCUAAACAAAAUCAGUGUACCUUAAAAAAGAAUACGAAAGGUAGUUAUUUAGAAUCUUUUAAAUUAGAAACUAAUUCUAUAAUUUCUGACGCAUCAGUAAACAACACUCCACCAUUGGAAUCUAAAUCGGGACCUAAGCCACAAAUCAAAACGAAACCAUUGACGUUAAAAAAGCCUGUAUUUACAAUUCCUUCAAAUGUACCUUCUGGUAUCGAAAACAAAGAUCAUCCUACUUAAAUUUAUUAAAAGUAAAAAUAGAUCUUAUUAACAAAAAAAUUUACUCAAGGUUCUGGUUUACAAUAUUAGUUAUCAUUUCCUUUUGAUAAAUUAUGUUAAAAUUUCUUACUGAUAGUUUUGUAGCCAAUUGUUUUGUUUUUAAUAUUAAAGAGAAAAGAGGUCCUAGCAUGAUAAAUCAUGGUUCCUAAAAAUCUAAAAAACGCAACACUUCUGUUUUUCAAAAUUCAGUAUUUCAACGGUUAACACUAUUAUAAACGUGUCUGUGAUAAUUAAACACCAUUAAUUACGGUGAAGAAAAAUUACUUAAAAAAAUCUUAAAUGAUCAUGUUAGUAGAAGUAACGUAGGAUUUUCAAAAAAAAAAACUUACAGGGUGAACCAAAUACGAUAUCCGUACUAAACGGAAAAGUAUUCUUAUUUAUACAUAAGAAAAUUAUUUUAUAAUUAAAAUCAAUUUUGGAUAUUGUGCCAAAUGAGACAGUCAUUCAGUAACAGAAUAUAAAUUAGUUUUUUAAAGUUUUAAAAAUCAAAAUUUGUAGUCAAGAAAAAGAUUUAAGUCCUUACAUCGUGAAAAGUCGUCAUCGAUAAAUAUCAAACAUUUACAAUUAUUGUGUUAUCGUCAAAUGUAUAUUUUACUUUAUUUUGUGUAAACUAGAAGUAUUAAUUUUAAAAUUGAUACAGCUUCGAAAUAAUAACGCAAAAAUAAUCACAAGAAAUGGUAAAUGCAUAUAAAGGUGUUUAUUAAGUGAGAAAGUGGUCUGUAAACAUUAUAUCCAUCCUAUUAAAAAUAUAACAUUAUUCUCAAACUAAAUACUCAUGAGACCAUUAUCAUCCACAAACGUAAUAAAUGUAAGAAGCUCAUUUUGACGAUUAAUGUGUAAAAAGAAUAUUUUUUUUCAGUUGUUUUGCUUUUGAAUUAGUUGAUAAGUUAGUUAUUUAAUAACAUUCUUUUUGUUAAUGUGCUGUUCUGCUACAACUAAUUUUUAAUAUUCGA